GGCGCAUGACACCGCAAACAAUAGUCUCAUGGCAUUGUUUUACCAAUUGCAUAUUGUUCAGUCGCAACCAUUUUAAGAUUCAUCUGUUUUAAUGAGGCUCAUUUAAUUUCAACUGAAACAUCCAUGUCCAGGACCCGCACGCCAUCGACUCCUUACAAUAUGUCUUGUCUUCCCUCGCCCUGUAGCUUUGACCAAUCGUUCACCUCUCCCCCACUCGCUCUCUUUUUUUUCUCUGCCUUGCACUCACUCACUCACUCUCAAUGAGAGAGAGCGUUGCGUUGGUUACAGGAUGGCAGCCCAUUCGCCUCAGCUCAACCGCCGCGGGUCGGUAGACCAGCUCUUUGAGCUGGUGGAGGGUCUCGACGAGGCCCAGAUUCACACUCUCCUUGAAGACUUUAACAAUACCGUCUCGAGCAACAUUCCCGUCUCCCACGGUAUCGACUUUUUCGAGCAUCCCACGACGGGCGUGGCCAAGACGAAAACUGCACCUGCGCGCUCAUCGUCGAUUCGAAAGUCGUUUAAGCAACUUCCUAGAUUGUUCACGCGCACGCCGAGCAAACGAGCUGUCUCUGCACCGAUUGCGCGUCCGAAAACAGCGGCGCCGACGACGAAGCAUUACAGACGGAUUAGUCGGCCUGUACUACCGACGCUUUCGAGCGGACCGGACCUAGAUGCUCUGCUCUCGGCGUAUCUUGCGCCAGCUCCACCGCCGUCGUCUUCGCACAAGACUAUUUCCCCAUCGCGAUCGAUAUCGAGUAAUUCUACACUGAGCCUCGAGGCGGAGGACUCGGGCGUUGAUUCACUGGCACCGCUUGUAUUCGGUCGACCGCAGCGAGAAGCGAGCCCAAUGGGCGAUAUUAUGGAAGUGCUCUCGUUUUAAGCACCGAACAAACUAUGGACGAAUAAUACCAGCCAACACGGCACUUGGACGUAUGUCCACCACGAUAGUAGUGAUGCAACCACUACAACAACACUAUUUGCUAGCUCUGCUUUGACAUUGGCUCGGCGUUUUUCUAUUCUGUACGAUCAUUGGAGGCGUUUUUAAAGCUGUUUGCUAGUCAGGUACUAGACUGUCUGUCACCCAAGGGGAGGUCCACUUUCUACUACCACGGAUAUUCAUCCAAUACUGUUUGUACUCAAUGGAUUCACGAAUUCAUUAUAGCUGCCCAACUGCGUACCAAUCAACUAUACCCUUUCUUUGUUAUGCAUAUGCUCCUUGACUUGAGGCUCUGAGGAUUGUUUGCUGUAGCGAAUUUGCCCGCAUUGACUGUGCACAUCGUCAUCUCGUAAGGCGUUAGUGCAGUGGGCCGUGCGCCUCCUUAGACGACACGUCUUGGCAGAUCUCGUAAGCCUGCUUCCUCUUGGGAUUCGUACUGCUGCAUCGUUGUUUCAGUGCUUGUGCCCUCUAAACAGACUUGAGAUUGUGUAUUAGGGGCCAAGGAUAACUUUGGGAGACCGUUUUAUCCUGAAGUAUCGUGACUUGCUCCUGAUUACCACGUGACCCUACACGGCGAACCAUCGUUGACCUCAGCCUCUCAGGAAACCCAUACCAGUGACAGAGCAAAGCACUCAACCACAUUGUCAAUUUUUCAACUUGCCAACUUUCAAGGAUUCUGAAAAUUAGAUGUUUCGUCUCCCGCAGUAUGAGCAGUGUUUGAUGAGAAUCAACAGAUCAUGGAUCUUAUCGAGGAGCUCGCAGCAGAGAAACAGCGAAGCGACAAGACUUGUAACCUUGCUUCUUCGUAGGGAUCGUAUUGCUUCUACAUUUCUAUUACAGUGUUAGUUUCCUACCUAAAAGACUUGAGAUCGUGUAUGAAGGGCUAAGGACUCAUUGAGUAAAGAGUUUCCCUAAGUUUAUCCUACACUACCUUAGGUGCCGUAAGUUAUGCUAGACUAC